ACGCGAACGUGCUCCCAAGCGGCGGGACACUCCUCGUUUCAUAAACGUUUUAGCGGCAGUAGACGGCAAGCGCCACGUGGUGUAGCUCACAGGGAGCCAGGAAAUUCUCAAUUUUCUGGUACGUCCACUGAGUACUCCGGAAAAGAAACGACUGAGAAAGAGGAAGGAAGAAAAACUGGAACGUCGGAAGUGUCAAAUUCGCUGAUUUCGAGAAAAUUUCCAGCCGAUAACUUCUGUCAGAGUUAUAGUACAAAAAUUACGUCUUCUCCUCCCCCACUUGGACCGUCAUCGAAAAAGACAAAAGCUGACAGAAGUAGAAGCUUCGACGCCGUUCCAGUCAAUACGAUGACAGCGGAAGAGAAUAAUAUAACUUUUAAUUAA